AUGCCGAUCCAACGAUCACCGAAGGAAACGCAGCGUUCCGAAGAGGAAUCUGGACUCUUCAAAGGAUUUCCUGAUGAAGCCGCAGCCAAAGGAUCCAACAUUGCUGCCGAUGCGGCAACCGCGUCGCAACUCAACCCGCUAUUCCGGCAACGUAGACAGGUGUUUCAAAAGGUAAUCCGUAUCAGAGACAUCGUAGACAAUUCCGACAUUCCAGUCAACAUUGCCCAGCUGAGAUUGUAUUCCCGGAAGCUUCCAUCGCUGUCCGAAGAGUUCUCCAAUUUCCAUAAUAGAAUCCUGGCCAUCAUUCCCGACAACGAAAUGGAAACUCAAGAAGCGGAAUGUCUACAGUUUGAAGAUGUCUGUGAUUUUACAUCCACCAUCGUAGAGGAUUUACUAAUGCAAUAUAACGCACCUGAAAUUAAAUCGUCAGCACCAUCGCAGGUAAUCAUUCAGCAGCAACCUCUCAAAGCUCCUAUCCCGACGUUCGAUGGAAAAUACGAGAACUGGCCUCGUUUUAAAGCAAUGUUCCAGGAUAUAAUUUCUCGGUGUUCUGAUUGUGAUGCCAUCAAGCUUCAUCAUUUAGAUAAAGCUUUGAUUGGCGCAGCAGCAGGAAUUAUUGAUGCAAAAACACUUGCUGACAAUAAUUAUACCCACGCGUGGAAUUUAUUAGUAGAUCGAUUUGAAAAUCCACGAAUAAUUAUUGACUCACACAUUGGAGGGUUAUUGAACAUGAAACCGAUGAAAAAGGAGUCCCAUGGUGAAUUGAGAGAGCUGCUGGAUACGUGCACCCGUCAUGUUGAAGGACUUAAAUUUAUGGGACAAACAAUCGAUGUGAUAUCUGGCUUGAUUGUUGUUAAGAUUGCUGGCUUGUUGUUGUUCAAAAGGAAUAGCGUGAAAGUGCAUACUGCAACAUUCGAUAGCAACGUUAUUUUAUGCCAGUUCUGUGGGGAAGAUCAUUACAAUUACUUGUGUCCGGAAUUUUGUAAGCUGUCAUUACCCGAGAAGUUGCAGAAUGUGAAGGAUUCACGAGUAUGUUUCAAUUGCCUUCGUCGUGGACAUCGCAUAGCUGAGUGUUCAUCCAGAAAGUCGUGUUCGGUGUGCAAGAAACGUCAUCAUAGUUUGCUGCAUAACGAUGUGAAGAAAUCCGAAGAGAAUGCUGUAUCCUGCGUACGAGACAACACUAGCGGGCCGACCGCCCAUUCCCAACAGCGGAGAAGAGAAACUGAAUCAACCGUGUCUUCUUCUUGUUCCUUCGGAGGUUCAACAAUUCUGCCAAAUGUUUUACUCCUCACUGCUAUGGUAUAUUUACGUGGUAAGAAUGGUAAAAUUGUUUUAUGCCGUGCAUUUUUAGAUUCCGGAGCGCAGACCAAUUUAAUCUCCAUGUCCAAGUAUAAUGAAUUGGGUCUGGAAGGGAUUCCGGUUAACAUCGACAUUGUAGGUGUCAGUAGUGCUCGCAGUAAAUCCAAUCGUUUAGUAGAAGUUAGUCUCAUGUCCACCUAUAAUAAUUAUGAAACAGAAUUGAAAUGUUUAGUUACUCCCAAGAUCACAGGAACAUUACCUCGUAGCCAAAUUGACAUCGCCAAGUGGAACAUUCCUACUAAUUUACAUAUGGCUGAUCCUCAAUUUCAUAAACCCGCAGAAGUGGACUUAUUGAUUGGUAUAGGUCAUUUCUUCAAGUUAUUGAAAGGCGGAUAUAUUUAUAUCGCCGAAGGACUUCCAGAAUUGCGUGAAACAGAGUUAGGUUGGGUCGUGUCGAGAGAAAUUCAGCUAGGAUCAUAUGUCAGCCCUCAACAUGUUAAUUCUGUUACAAUAGAAUCUUUAGAUACCAUCAUAAAGCGAUUUUGGGAAGUAGAGGAAAUAGAGACGGAAGUAAAUCAGUCAAAGGAAGAACAGGAAUGUGAAGAAUUCUAUCGCCGCACUCACAAACGAGACCAAACAGGACGUUUUAUUGUGAAACUUCCGUUUCGAGAAAUAGUAAACCAAAUUGAUGAUAAUCGAUCACUUGCACUUCGCCGUUUCAUGUUUUUGGAAAAGCGUCUUCGCAAGGAUCCCGAUAUCCAACAGCAAUAUUCAGAUUUUAUUAAAGAGUACGAAUCGUUAGAACAUUGCAAAGAAAUUAGAGAAGCAGAUGACCCUCCAGGUAAAUUGAGAUAUUACUUGCCACAUCAUGCCGUAUUACGUCCAAUGAGUUCCAGCACCAAAUUGAGAGUUGUGUUUGAUGCUUCAGCUAAAUCACCUUCUGGUACAUCUCUCAACGAUGUUCUACAAGUUGGAGCAGUUGUACAAAGUGAUUUAUUGGCAAUUCUCCUAAGAUUUCGUCAGUAUCGUUUCGUAUUCACUGCAGACAUUACUAAAAUGUAUAGGCAGGUUCUUGUUGAUAGUAACGAUACGUCUUUCCAACGAAUAUUCUGGCGUGAUCAACCAGCGGAUCCUCUUCGUGUUCUGGAACUGGUGACAGUAACAUAUGGAACGUCUGUGGCACCAUACCUGGCAACUCGAUCUUUAGUUCAGCUUUGUGAAGAUGAAAAAGAACUAUAUCCAUUAGCAUCUCGUAUUAUCAAACAAGAUUGUUAUAUGGACGAUAUGCUAUCAGGUGCUAACACUUUAGAAGAUGCGGUUGAAAGUAAACAUCAAAUCCAAGGAUUAUUACAACGUGGAGGGUUUCCAGUUCAUAAAUGGUGCGCCAAUAAUGGAACUAUUUUAGAGGGAAUACCAGAAGCGAAUCGAGAAAAAGUGGUACAAUUCGAUCCAGAGUUUGCAAAUGAAGGAAUCAAAACGCUUGGCCUGAUUUGGAAUCCCACCAGUGACGAAUUCCGUUUCAUGCUGCAAAAUUGUUUGAUCCUUUAG